CUUCAUACACUUAGAAAAGCUCACAGGCAGGUAGAUAUACAGCACAAACCACAUGUAGAUUCACAUAUACAAGGUACUCUACAGAAAUUGGCACAUUUUAUUGCGUAGAAUUUUUAUUUUUUUCAGCUAUAUUCCAAGAGCCACGUCCCGAUCAAUGACGUUCAUCAACAGCAGUGAUGAGGAAAGGAUCGAAAGGUACGCAGUAGGCUCUCGCCAGGAGAAUGUCCUAUUUGCCGCCUUUUACAUUGUGGUUUUCAUCCUCGCUGUACCGGGCAACAUCCUUGCUCUGUGGGUAUUUGUCCGAGACAAGAAUAAUACACCCGCGAAGGUCUUUCUGAAGAACCUGGCAGUGGCAGAUAUCUCUUAUUUGGCGAUGCUUCCCAUGCGUGUCGUCUAUCACCUCACGGACAACAACUGGCCACUCGGCGAAAUCCUCUGCCGCGUGCUGGGAUACCUGUUUUACCUCAACAUGUACUGCAGCCUCUAUUUCAUGGCUUUCAUCAGCCUUGACCGCUUCAUUGCCCUGGUUUUGCCGGUGAGAUCUGUGAAGUUGCGGAAGCCUCUGUACGCCAGCGUUGGCAGUGCCAUCCUGUGGCUCUGUCUCAUCGUGGCCACGAUGCCGUUGCUGCUGUCCCAACAAACCACGCAGGUAUACGACUCAAACUCCAGCAGGACCGUUUGCAGACAGCUUUACCGCGAGAAGACGUCCCCCCGAGCACUGGUGUCCGCCGCCGUAGCCUUUUCGAUCCCGCUGGUCACCAUCACAGUUUCCUACAUUCUGAUCCUGCAUAGGCUGUGGAGCAGGGUGCACCAGGAGCAAAGAUUCAUGCGGCGGAAGGCCACCAGGCUGAUUGUACUGAUCCUUGUGAACUUCCUUGUGGCUUUCAUGCCAUACCAUAUUAGCCGCUUUAUCUACAUUGAUAGUCUGUUUCGCAGAGGUGACAUGGCUUCAUUUGUACUUUGCAAUCGCAUCACUUCCUCUCUUACUUGCAUCAGUGGAGUUUUGGAUCCUGUCAUGUAUUUUUUUCUCGUCAAAACCUACCGAAACACAUUACUUCAGCUUUUCCAUCGGAAUAAGUCGGGCACAACAUAAUUUAAAACACAAGAUAGCCAACGCAUUCUUAUGCAAAUCGUAUCAUUUUAUUUAAUGUGAAUGCUUAUAAUUUGUUUUUUGAAUUUUAUAUUGUUUUUUUGUUUGUUUUGUUUUGUUAUUUAACAAUGUGGUAGGCAUGUAGUUGUAGUGCUUACAUUGUAGCAUGCUGAUAAAUUAGAACAGUGAAUUUCAUUCCUUGACUGGAAAUCAUCCAGUCAACAAUGACAAGUAAAAGCACAAUUCUGCACUGGGGACAAUUACGGUCUCCUUAGUAAACAAUUAAUACACAGUAAAAUAUUCAGUGUUGUUUCAAGUACAUGAGCUCAGUAGGAACAUAUGUACCGUUCUACUAAUGUCUAAUGUACUGUUAUUAUUUUUCUUUUUUUUUUUUUUGUUUAGCAGUAGAAAGCAUGAACCAGCAUGUACAAACAUGUGCUAACUUUCUAAAUGCAGAUAAAGUUUAAAAAAUGUUUUAAUA